AUGGAUCCCACCAAGCCACCGCACCUUCGCCAACCUAACAAGCAGCAACAAAAACCAACCAUCAUCAAUGGCAAAUUCACGAAGGCUGUACAUGCCGAGCCACGCAGCAAUUUGCCUUCCAAUGUCCACAGCAUUGACGAUUCCGCUACGAGUGGCUCCGCUUGGUCUGGAAAUCGCUCAGGCAACUUGCCUUCCACUGUUCGUGGCCCUUCUAUAGUUAUAACAAAUCCCACGUGGAGUGAGUACGCUGGCGAAGCCUCGUCCUCCAAAGCGUCAACUGUGAGGCAACAAUCCAUCCCAAAGCAAAGCUGGAAUGAGUACGCCGGCGAAGCCUCGUCCUCCAAAGCGUCAACUGUGAGGCAGCAGCCAGCCUCAAACACAAGCCUCCAGGACGUGCCGCCGCCUCAUCUUCGCGGUAAGUCAACGGCAGCUACCCAAGCUCCCAAGCCAACACCACCCAUGAACGCGGGCAAGCUUGCCAAAUCUGCCAAACACGACAGCAAGGUUCCCUGCACCUACGAAGAUUGCACCCGUGGGUUUACCAAGGAGACGGACAUGAAAAGACACAAGGAUGAAGACCACGAAUGGUGCCGCCUCUGUAACGUGGACUGCGCCGAUGACGUGGCAUUGCUUGAGCACAAGGUCCAAAGCGACAUGCACAUUUGCUGUGAUAUCUGUGGCGAGGAUUUUCGUAGUGAUAGGGGCAAGGAGCGUCACAUGAGGCAGAACCACGCCAAAAUGCAAGAGGUCAAGUGCCCAGCUUGUCAUAUUGUCUUCGACAAGGGCUCUGCUUUGAUCGAUCACAUAUACAACAACCGAUGCCGCGAUCGCCGCGGCUUCAUUGCGGAGAAAGUCAACCAGAAUAUCAUCAGAGAAUAUCGAGCUGCGGCAGCGUUGCACUUGGAUGCCAUCUCUAACCAGCCCAGUACCAUAGGCGCAGAAAUCGCCGCGAUGCAACCUCAGUCGGAGAGAGGUACAUCUUUCGUCGAUAAUUCCGAGGGUGGUGUACGUUUGAACCUCAUGGACGACUAUAUACCAUACGGUCAUCUCACUGCUCGGGCUUUGAGCCGUGCUGAAGACUUAGACCUAGGCGAUGUUGAGUCAACAAUUGCGUCCAAUGGAGCAGAACGACUGACCUUUGACGAUGACGAGCCCGGGCUACCCACCAGUUCUGGAGACACGAGCAAGAGCAACGUCCCGGGGGGCGGUGUGAUCGAAGGUUUGCAGGCUUUACGAAUAGAACCUUCCACCGCAGUUCCUUCAGGGAAGCAAGCCUGGGCUGCGAAGCUCUUUCCGGGAGCCAAAACGACGCCAGUGACAGGAGGGUGGACUGCUCCUACGACACCCGACUAUCGUAAGAAUAUCUUGCCGUCGGAAUCUGGUACAGAACACCGGAUCCGUACAGAUUGGGACAAUUUAGCACUGGAGCGUGAUCCCGCGGAUGAUACGUAUCACUGUCCUUUCUCCAAAUGCCUACAAACCUACAACGACCUGGUCAAAUUGAAGGUGCAUUUGUCCUCGGGCUUCCACCAGGGAACGGACCAUCGUUGCUUGAGAUGCCUCAAAAUAUUCAAGUCGCCAGCGGCACUUACAGCCCACAUGGAAUCCAACAGUGAGCGCUGCAAGAUACGUGAGACGCAGGCAUACGGUCAUGUCCUCCACGUUGUCUCGGGUGGUUUCUUGAAAGUGACCGGGAGGCAUGCCGAUGGAUCGCUGAAAGUCGAGGCUCCAACGAUGGAGGAGAUAGAGGAGCAGAUGAAGAAUCAGACUCUGCCUCCUCAUCUCGAUGAAGACUACCCCUGGUGA